AAACGGAUUUUGAUAGAUUUGUUUUCUUGUUUCAUCGCUGGCAACAUCACCUGGUUGGUAACACUUAUGAGAAAUAAUUAUGUGCCACAUGUGUUAAAACAGAUAACUAUUAGAUUCUUAGCCUACUGAAAUAAAAAAAAUAGAACAUGGUCAUACAACUGACAACUAAUCACGAAUAGACAGAAAGAGAAAGAGAGAGAAUCAUUAUGUGGCUGCCUCAAAUCAAUACACAGUAACAAGAAAGCUUGGCAGGUAAGCACUGCUCUCUGUGCAUUAUGAAACCAUUUAGCCAUUACCCACGGUUGCGCCGCUUAGACGUGGGGACACAAAGAGCGACCGACCAUCUCUUUUGCACACACACUCGCACACACACAUACGCAUGGACAGAGAGAGAAAAAGAGAGAGAGAGAUAAAAUGUGACAGGGAGUGGGUGCACAUAUAGAUGGAAGGGGUAACAGUGCGUCUUAAGCAUCCAUAUAUAUGAAUGAUGCUGUUAUUAUUAAUAUCUGGUAAUGCUCCGAAGGCCAGCUGGCUGCUGAGAUGGAAAUCAGCUACAUUCACUCUAUUCUUUUUUCCCUCUCUCUCCGGCCCUCCCACACACGCGCUCCCGUGCGCGCACAUCCACACACACACACACACACACACACACACACACACAUACACACGUCGAAUACACACAUUACACGACCCCCUCCCUUUCUCUCCUGUCUCCCUUUUCUACUCUUCUACAACAAAUAUGGCCGCUAAAUCGGAUGGUGCAGCCGUCUCCUUUCAAAACGAAAUACCGCCUGUGUGCUUACCAGGUCCCGAGCACAGUUCGCCACAGCAUCAUCACGCCGGAAAGCGGUACUCGCUCCUGGACUGCUGCUGGACACUCUGUGCCCUUUUGGUCUUUUUCUCGGACGGGGCCUCUGACCUGUGGCUGGCCGCUGAUUAUUUCCUAAGGGGGAACUACUGGUGCUUCGCCCCGACGCUGGUUUUUGUGGUGGUCCCAUCCCUGGUGGUUCAAGUGCUCAGCUUCAGAUGGUUCGCCUACGAUUUCUCUGACACAAAUGGAAGCGAUACGGCUGCAGCCGCGGUGGUGGCGGCAUCUGGUGCGGAUAGCCAUUUCAGCACCAAGGGCAGCGAUCAGCGGGGCGCUGGCCGCUCCGCUGCGGCUGAGGCACUGCCUGCCACCGGCACUCGAACCAGGGCACAGAGCUGCUGCAGAGCCUGUGUGUGGCUGUUCCAAAGCCUGGUUCACAUCUUACAGUUGGCUCAGGUCUGGAGGUAUGUCCACGCCCUGUACCUGGGGGUGCAGAGCCGCUGGAGGGGGGACCACGAGCAGCGCCAUUACCACUGGCGCCUGAUGUUCGAGAGUGCCGACAUCAGCAUGCUGCGCCUGCUGGAGAUCUUCCUGAAGAGCGCCCCCCAGCUGGUGCUGCAGCUGUGCAUCAUGGUCCAGGCCAACCAGGUCCUGCCCCUGCAGGGCCUCUCUGCCUCUGCUUCCCUGAUCUCUCUGGCCUGGAUGAUGGCCUCCUACCAGAAGGCCCUGCGCGACUCCCGCGACGACAAGCUGCCCAUGACCUACAAGGCAGCGGUGGUGCAGAUGCUGUGGCACCUCUUCACGGUGGGCGCGCGCACCAUGGCCUUCGCCCUGUUCGCCUCCAUCUUCCAGCUCUACUUUGGCAUCUUCAUCGUGGCCCACUGGUGCGCCAUGACCUUCUGGAUCAUCCAGGGCGAGACGGACUUCUGCAUGUCCAAGUGGGAGGAGAUCAUCUACAACAUGAUGGUGGGCAUCAUCUACGUGUUCUGCUGGUUCAGCGUGCGGGAGGGGCCCACACGCUGCCGCCUGGUGCUCUACAGCCUGAUCGUGCUGGCCGAGAACGUGGCGCUGACCACGGCCUGGUUCCUGUACCGCGGCCCGCGCACCUCAGACUUCUACGCCGUGGUGGUGGUGUGCGUGGUGGCCUGCAGCUACGCGCUGGGCAGCUUCUUCAUGUUUGUGUACUACUGCCUGCUGCACCCGGACGGACCCGUGACGGGUGGAGUGCUCGGGUGCUGCAUGGAGGAGACGGCCGUGGCGCCCGCGGAGCCCUUCGUGGCGUCGCCGGCCUCGGGACCCCCACCGGACGUGGUGAGCAGCCCGCCCAGGACCCUGCAGAGGACUAAAGGCGUAGACCGCGGCGAUCAGGCCGGGGAGGGGGGAGGGGACGUCUUUCAGGUGCGCCCAGCUCCCUGCAGCACUCGCAACCCAGCCCCACGCCUAUCUCCCAGGACAGAGGGGCCAGUGAUUCGCAUUGACCUGCCCAGGAAAAAGUACCCGGCCUGGGACGCCCACUUCAUUGAUCGCAGGCUGCGUAAAACCAUCCUCGUGCUGGAGAGUGCCGCGCCAGUCACGCCCAGGGUCCAGUACCGCUGCCUGGGCACGCCUAAGGAGCUGAUGGAGUACGAGACCACGGUGUGACUGCCGGAUGGGCUUCUCUAUCGCCCCUCUAUCGCGAGCCUCCCACUGGCCCCGCUGUGGCUUGUAGCCGCCACAUCAAACCAGGGCUUAGGCCUCCGACCCAGAAGGGGCUAGAAGGGAAAAGUAAGGGGGGAAGAUGGAGGUUGGCCUGAAAGCUAACGCUAAAAUACAGACAGGGUGGUGCUGACACUGAAUGACAGUAGUGUCCUACGGUGUGAUGUUGUAUGGGAGGAUGUUGUUUUGACACACCAAUGUGUAGUAGGGUACCUUUGAAUAAUACUGACAUCUAUGGGCAAGAUCAGGGAUCAUUUGGUCAGUUGUAAAACCUUGUGCCACCCCAGUUGGAAUAUUCAGUAAGGGGGGGUUAAGGUCAAAGUUAAAUCUUACAUGAUGGUGUUGUAGAUUAAGAAAAAGCCAUCAUGAAAAAAAAAACCCUUGGAUGUUUAACACUAGCUUUAUGGCAGCUAGUGUCAACAGCCAUAAACCAGAAAUAUGCUCUCUGACAAGCCUCCCUCUGAGGCAUCAAGUUAUCAGUCAUAACAUAUUAUUUAUGUGGAAGCACAGGAUUAUCAAAUAAGGCCUUAUGAAGUCCUUAAAUAGGGCGACUCUUGCAAUGUGUCGAUGGAGAAACAAAGCACACAUGAAAAUGAAGGUAGGGGCCAGAACUUCAGAUUGGAGCCUGGGCAGUCAGUCUUGUGAUACGCUGAAGUGAUGUUGAGCUAUGUUAGCGGUGUUACUGAAGAAAUAAAAGUUUGGUAGGACAUUUUAAGAUGAACAAAAUAGAUUGAGUUGUGAACUGGCCUGUGUUCUGUAGCGAUGCAGAUAUCAGUGUAUGUUUACAUGUUUACAUACCGUUGUUUUUCUUUGCUUUUUUAGGAUAAGCCCCAUGCUUUUCCAUAAAGUAUGCCUUCAAGUUUGAACAGUGUAUGCUAUUUCAUAUUAGUCCAAAAAAGAGCUGUGCAAUAAAAGAGACAAAAAAUGAUUUUGCGAAAGUGAAACACUGCUACCAUAGUUUUAAGAAGUAGAGUUCUUGACCUAAGAGUAAUGCUGAAUUUCUGGUUGGUUUUGUUUCCAGUUUCAUUUUGACUUUGGUUGAGGGUCAUAUUGCAUACUGUAAAAAUACAUGGCUCUUGUGAAUAAGACUAAUGAUUAGCCAGUAGGUGUACUCAUCUCUCCAUUGCUUGCUUCAGUCCACGUGUCAACUUCAUGCAUACGAGUCAAAGGAUAAUUAUAUUAUAUUAUAUUGUAUUGUAGAGGCACUGGAAGGUGCCACUCUGGUCCUAAAUUAGUUCAAAUUCAUGAGGACAUUUUCAUCAACCAAUGUGGGAAAUAAAGAAAAUUACAUUUUUUCCAGAGAAAACAAUUUUGCGGGGUAUGUCUGGUUUUAACAGGUGGGUGGUAGAAAUUAAAGUGACUAUUUCGAAGAGAUGAUUUGAUGCUGGUGUUGCAGUAUUGCUUUCACGUUCAAACCUACUAUCAGUACUAGUAAGAAAAUGCAAUACACCCAUUACAACAGGUACAGAAACCGUUUUUACAUGCAAACUCUAAAGACAUUUGUGACAGUACAGUGAAGCGAUGACCAGGCUUCUUGUUGGUGCUAACUGUUGAGUCCGCUAUCCCACAGUUCGGCCUCAUUUGUACUGUACCAAGAUAGGAAGGUGGUCAACACAUUCCAUCUGGUUUGUGCUGGACUUAAUUUCAGAUACACAAACUAAAAUAUGAAGCCUUAACCCAUCAUACCAGACUGUUGCUAUUCACUGCGAAUCAAAGUUGAGAAUUUUAUUGAUGGUGUUUUUUUGGAAAAAUAAAAGCAAUGUGUUUACUGGCUUUCUGGCCAAACAA